AUGCACACCUUCUUCGUGACAAUCCCCCUCACCGGCCCCGCGCCAACUAAACUCGACGCCCUCAAACAACUCCAAAACUCCAUCCUCGAAAACCAAGCCACCAUCAGCCCAACCUUCGACCCAUACUUCUCCCCAGACGGGGCCGUCAUACGAGUUGACUUGCCCCGGUGCGCAAAGACAGAGACCGAUGUGCUGCAGGCGGCCAUGGUCAAGUUACAGCAGAUGGUGAAUAGGGAGAUUACCGGUGCCCCUGCUUCGCCGUUGUAUAACCAGUCGUCGUCUGAGGAGGAGAUAGAGGAGGAUGGGGAUGGAUGUGUUUCGAUUAGGUUGAGAGGGAGAGAGUUUAUGAAGGGGGAGUACAGGCGUAUAGUCGAGCACCAUAUCACGGAGCUUCGCAAUCGGCCACGGCAGACUAUGGAACAAUCGAUACAAGAAACGCGCAAACUCCAUAUUAUGAUUCACGUAGUAGACGCGCUGUUUCUCGUACAGCUCAAAGUUAGCACUGGCAGCCCGUUUAUCAUGCAGGCCCACUCCAUCGAGUGCUCUGGCAAGGUAGUAACCAUCCUCGAUCGCCAUCCCCAUACCAUACGCUGCAUACGGCGAGACAGGGUGCACAGCGUCCCCCACACACGCGAUACGUCCCGUAGACCACUUCUCACGCCCACAUCCCGAAGGGGUUGA